AACAAACGAAAGAAAUAUUUUGAGGAAGAAUAAGAAAAGAGAACCUGAGGAUUUGAACGGUAGCUGUACGCGAGAUUUUUCCACGUCUUAUGGUAGAAGAGGAACCGUUGGUUGUCGUGUCUUCUUGUCGGCUUUACGUGAACGGUAGAAGUAGAACCGUUGGUUGUCGUGAUUGAUUUAAAGCCCUAAUGAGAUCCAUCGAUCAUCGUCUAAUGGAGGAAUCAGCUGAUACGUCUUCCUCUUCCUCUUCCCGUUAUUUCUCUAUUUUCACGAAUUAUCCUCUGAUCUCCGCCGUCUUAGCUUUCACCAUCGCACAACUCAUCAAGUUCUUUACCACCUGGUAUAAGGAAAAGAGAUGGGAUCUGAAACGGCUUGUUGGGUCAGGAGGGAUGCCUUCUUCACAUUCAGCAACAGUUACAGCUCUAGCUAUGGCUGUUGGUUUACAAGAAGGCUUUGGAGGAUCUCAUUUCGCUAUCGCUUUCAUUCUCACUUCCAUUGUGAUGUAUGAUGCAACUGGUGUAAGAUUACAUGCUGGACGUCAAGCCGAGGUUCUCAAUCAGAUUGUGUAUGAACUUCCAGCAGAGCAUCCCCUCGCUGAAAGCAUGCCAUUGCGUGAACUUCUCGGUCAUACCCCUCCACAGGUCGUUGCGGGUGGAGUGCUUGGAACUGGUACUGCAUGUUUUGGAUACUUAGUCACCUUGAUAGUCAAAUAGCUAUUUAUGGUGCAGUAAAAGCUCGCAUUUUCUAUUCCAAUAUCGUGUGUGGGUGCCACUGGUGCAUAGCUUCUGAAACAGCCAUAUUUGUGUUUUUGCUAGUUAGCAUUUAUCUUUGUCAUUGACAGCAUAGUAUAUAAGGUUUGAUCAUGUAAGGAAAACAUGAAAAUGUCAUUACACAGAUCGAUGAAGCUGUAAAAAAGAACAUGAUCUAUUUGGAUGUAGUCACGUAGCAGAAGCCAUACUUUGA